AUGGAUUCAACUAUGGAUGAUGACAGUGGCCAAUCAAAGACCCGUGGUGCCAAUCGCUUCUCUCUGGGUUACAAAAAUGGUCCAAACGACGAUUUGAUUUAUUCCUCUGGAUUUGAUAAACAUUCUUCGUUGCAACAAUACUGCGUGUUAAGAGGAACCCGCGCUGGCCGAGAAAUGAAGGAAAAGGGUGACAGUACUAAAAAACAUUCGCAUGAAAAUGGUCGUGAAUCGUUUUUUCCUUCUAAAGACGACGUUGAGGGUAGUGCUUUGCUUACUGGUGACGCUAUCAGUUUGCAGAAAGCAACAAAUCAGCGAGGUACAUUCGGAGCGUGUCAUUUCCGCCUUCAAAAUCCCGCGCAACCUGGCAAAUAUCACAGACUGGUUGGUUCCAUAAAGGAAAACUUUGAUUUCAUUACUAAAGGGGACCUAGUUUUGGGAGAUGAUGUAGAAUACUUAAUUAAAACAGGAAAAGGAAAGAAAGUGGCUUGUGACAAAACGCAAUUGUCAAGCGGUUCCGUAGUGUUUGACGAUGUAAGCUCAGAGAUAAUGCGCGGGCAAAUGUUGAAGCCAUUGGAGCGCAGUUUCUUUCUACGCGCGACUCGUAACGGUCUCCUCUGA